CCGGUUUGGUGCUACAGGCAUUCACAACUUCACAUCACAGAGAAGAAGAAGUCUACCUUUACAAGGAAGAAGCUACAGAGAGUGAGCUAGCAGCUAUGUAUUCAACAGUCGUCUUUUGCCUUCUCGCCUUGAGCGGCACACUAGCCAUGCCUGUUACAGACCAGGCGAACAGCACUCAAGCGGUAACGGAAAAUAUUCUAAACGCCACCGAAGCGCAAGACGUCACCGUGCAGCCAAUAGAAGUCAACGUUACAGAACAGGUCGACGCAUCGCAACCGACAACAACACAGUCCACGCCAUUGGUCACUGACGACAACGUAGUAACGAAUGCAUCUACAGCGACCGAAACAGUCGUGAUUGAAACGACUACCGAGUCACCAAAGUUUACAUGUGGAGGAAAGGCCGCCGGUCUGUAUGCAGAUCCGGACAACUGCUACCAGUAUUACGAGUGUGUUGAGGGCUUCAGCACCGCGUUCCUCCGACUCUGUGCGCCGGGAGGACCCGUCUUCGAUCCCGCCAAACAGCGCUGCGACUGGCCGGAGAAUGUGCCCGCUCCUUGUGGGACGAAGGUUAGGAACGAAGGAAGUAUCCGAGCUAGGUCCAGUCUGAUGGCCAGGAGUUCUUCCACCUUCACCUGUACGGGGAAGCAGCCGGGCAUGUACGCCGACCCUGCCGACUGCUCCAUGUACUACGAGUGUGUGCUGGGCCACCCCGUGUACCACCGGCCCUGUGCCCCGGGAGGAACCGUGUAUGACCCCGCCAGUCUUAGGUGCAUGUGGCCCCACGAAGUGUCCGGUCCUUGCGGGACACUGAGUGCAAAUCUUUUGACUGACCAGACCUCAGCGAACGUUCCUGCUCACGAUGUCCCCGUCCCCUCCACCUUCACCUGUACGGGGAAGCAGCUUGGCAUGUACGCCGACCCUGCCGACUGCUCCAUGUACUACGAGUGUGUGCUGGGCCACCCCGUGUACCACCGGCCCUGUGCACCGGGAGGAACCGUGUAUGACCCCGCCAGCCUCAGGUGCAUGUGGCCCUAUGAAGUGUCCGGUCCUUGCGGGACACUGAGUGCAAAUCUUUUGACUGACGAAACCUCAGCGAACGUUCCCGCUCACGAUGUCCCCGUCCCCUCCACCUUCACCUGUACGGGGAAGCAGCCGGGCAUGUACGCCGACCCUGCCGACUGCUCCAUGUACUACGAGUGUGUGCUGGGCCACCCCGUGUACCACCGGCCCUGUGCUCCGGGAGGAACCGUGUAUGACCCCGCCAGUCUUAGGUGCAUGUGGCCCCACGAAGUUUCCGGUCCUUGUGGGAUAAGUGCAAAUCUUUUGACUGACGAAACCUCAGCAAACGUUCCCGCUCACGAUGUCCCCGUCCCCUCCAUCUUCACCUGUACGGGGAAGCAGCCAGGCAUGUACGCCGACCCUGCCGACUGCUCCAUGUACUACGAGUGUGUGCUGGGCCACCCCGUGUACCACCGGCCCUGUGCCCCGGGGGGAACCGUGUAUGACCCUGCCAGGCAGGAGUGUAGGUGGCCAUACGAAGUGUCCGGUCCUUGCGGGACACUGAGUGAAAAUCUUUUGACUGACGAAACCUCUGCAAACGUUCCUGCUCACGAUGUCCCCGUCCCCUCCACCUUCACCUGUACGGGGAAGCAGCCGGGCAUGUACGCCGAUCCUGCCGACUGCUCCAUGUACUACGAGUGUGUGCUGGUCCACCCCGUGUACCACCGGCCCUGCGCACCGGGGGGAACCGUUUAUGACCCCGCCAGGCAGGAGUGCAGGUGGCCAUACGAAGUGUCCGGCCCGUGCCGAGCUUACACCGUACCAGCCAUCCAGACCGAAACAUUUUCUUGCGCGGGGAAGGCGCCCGGUCACUACCCCGAUCCUGACAGCUGCAGCCGGUACUACGAGUGUACCCUGCUCAGCAGUGAGCCGUUCCACCGGGACUGUCCACCCGGAGGCCUGGUGUUUGACGCCGGGAGGCAGUACUGCACCUGGCCGUGGAGCGUGGCCGGACCCUGUGGGGAUUACGGACAGUGAGGGAAUAUGCGCAGAGUUUCGGGACCCGUCGAAUAAUCUCAGCUGGACUGAGGCCUUCGUCAUACGAAGAAGUGAACUAAUAUUGUCUAAAAUUCUAAGUACAAAAAAAUUGCCUUUUGUAUAUUUCAUUCGUUCAUCAUAUGUAACAUGAUACCAUAAUUACUUUUUUUUAAAUACGUGUGCAAUAUCCUGGGAACAUUUGGUAGUUCCUAUAUGUAUUCUUUAGUUGUCUGUACUGUACAGUAUUUAUGGUAUGAAGAAAUAAAGACUGAGAACUGCAAA